AUGGCACAAUCUCAAUCGUGGUGGAGCGGUUUCCGCCAGAAGGAAGAGACUCCCCAUGAUGCACCAUCGUUCGCAUCGAGACCUUUGGAAGAUACUGAGUUCUCUGAUCCUGACACCGAACGCCUUCUCACUCGGCGCGUCCACAUCCUCGGCUUAGGAAGCAUCGGGAUGUUGGUGGCGCAUUCUUUGCGAUGCUUGCCGAAUCCGCCUCCGAUAACACUGAUGGUACACAAGCAUGAACAGUACGAAGAAUUCAAAAGGGCUGGCCGGGCGAUCAGCUUGAUCAAUAAAGAGAACGGGAUCAAUGAUGAGCAGACCGGAUACGAUGUUGAUCUGAUUGAGAAAAAUGACACUCCGGAUGCGGACGCCAAAUGGCAAUUCAUACCUGACCGACCCUGGAUGAAGGAGCAGACCAAUCCGGUGGAGGAGCAGGAGAAGAUGCCUUCGGGAGAGCUCUACAUCCACUCGUUAAUCGUCGCGGUCAAAGGUCCAUUUACGGUGAAAGCCCUGCGCUCGGUCAAGCACCGGGUCAACGCGGAGACGACAAUCUGUUUCAUGCAAAACGGCCUGGGACAGAUAGAGGAACUCAAUCGAGAAGUCUUCACUGAUCCAGAAACCCGACCGACCUAUCUUCUGGGAAUUGUGUCCCACGGCGUAUACGCCGAGGGUCCUUGCGCCAUUGUCCACGCUGGUUUUGGAACCGUGGCAUUGGGCAUAUAUCGAGAUCCUAACCGCCACCCUCUUCCAGACGGAUUCUCCCCGCAAAACAUUUCAGACCUUCCCGAAGACGAACGCAGAAAGUACUAUCCGACCGACAAAGACCUUUUCGCCAGCCUCUCCUCACGAUUCCUCCUCCGCACCCUGACACGGUCACCCGUCCUGGCUUGUGCGGCUUUCCCUUACCUGGACCUGUUUCAGUUACAGCUGGAGAAGUUGUCCACUAAUGCCGUGUUGAAUCCCCUCACCGCAUUAUAUGACGUCCCCAAUGGGGCAAUGUUAAAUAACUUUCAUCUCUCGGUCGUGCAGAAAUUAUUGCUGGCGGAGAUAUCUCUGGUGAUUCGGAGCCUUCCGGAACUUGAAGGGAUUCCUAAUGUCCGACUGCGCUUCUCUGCCAAACGCCUCGAGGAACUAUUUUUGGGUGUCUCCCGUCUGACUGCUAAAAAUUCCAGUAGCAUGCGAGAAGAUAUUCGAAACGGUAAGGUACCGGAGAUUGAUUAUAUCAACGGAUACAUUGUUAAACGGGGAGAGCAACUGGGUAUUCAAUGUGUUCUCAAUCUCAUGGUGAUGCAAAUGAUCAAAGCAAAGCGGUCCCUAAAGACAGGAACUCAAAACCCAGUGCCUUACGGGACGACACGAAUCGAAAGUGAAAUGGAUUUGGAUCGGCAUGGAAUCGUCACGAUCUCCGACGAGAGCACUUCGUCCAGAGGCAGUGUUCAGUGA